UGUAACUUUCCGGUCGUUAGUCCUAUUAGUUGUUCGUAGGUAUUAGGCGGCGCGCCGACACGUCAUCCAACUAUUGAGACCGUUUGGGCUUCAUAUCCGCUUCUCGGAAUCAAUUUCAGGUAGCCUCAUCCUGAGGUGAGCUGACUUUGCUGCCAGAAUGGACAUAUCCAAAAGCGACCAAGAGCCUACGCAGGAUAUGCGUGAAGGUGCACGUGUUAGCCUUGAUGAGAAGUCGCUGGGGCUCGAGAACAAUGCUUAUCACAUCGAUCCGGCCCUUGAGAGGCGGGUUAGGAGGAAAAUUGAUCGCCGUUUGAUUCCCUUAGUUAUGGGACUCUAUCUCGUCUCUUUCCUUGACCGUUCAAAUAUUGGGAAUGCUGAGACGGCAGGCAUGAGCAAGGACCUUGGAUUCGACGAUGCUCACUACCAGUGGCUGCUGACUAUAUUUUACAUACCAUACAUCGUUUUUGAAUGGGCUGCGUUGAUGUGGAAAGCCGUGCCUCCUCAUAUUUGGGCUACUAGCUGUGUCCUGGUAUGGGGCAUAGCGUCUUCUCUCCAGGCUACCGCAUUCAAUUGGUCGGGUCUGAUGGUUUGCCGAUUCUUCCUCGCUACGGCCGAAGCAGGUUUUGGACCAGGAAUACCGUACCUGCUCUCUUUCUUCUAUAAGAGGCACGAGCUCGGUUUUAGGUGCGGCAUGUUCCUCUCCGCCGCCCCUCUCGCUACGACCUUCGCAGGCGCCCUGGCCUACGGGAUAACUUCCGGCCACCCAGCUCAUAUAGCUAAUUGGAGACUCUUGUUUAUCGUAGAAGGAAUCCCUUCGGUCCUUGUUGCCUUUCUUGCUUAUAUGUAUAUGCCCGAUUCAGCCGAUACAGCGAAGUUCUUAACUGAAGAGGAAAGACAAGUCGCCAAAAUUAGAGCUCUUCAGCAGACUGGAACCGAAGGAGUAGAGCGUGUGGGACAUAUUAAUUUCAGCGAAAUCUUCAUGUCGUUAAAGGACAUUAAAACUUGGAUUCCGCCUCUAAUGUACUUCAGUUGCAAUGUCUCGUUUAGUAGCUUACCCGUUUUCCUGCCUACUAUUCUCAGCAGCAUGGGAUUUACUUCCGUCAAUGCCCAGGGGCUUAGCGCCCCGCCGUACUUCCUCUCGUUUCUGGUAUGUUGUCUGACGACCUGGAUCGCAGACAAGACACGUCAGCGUGGUUACAUGAUCAUCGGACUCUCCCUUGUCGCCGGUGUGGGAUACGUCCUUCUCCUGUCCUGCAAGAGCGUUGCUGUGCGCUAUUUUGGCGUAUUCCUUGCCGCUGCCGGUGUAUUCCCAGCCAUAUCCAACAUCCUGCCUUGGACCUUAAACAACCAAGGAUCAGAUUCCAAGAGAGGUGCUGGUAUCGCGCUCCUUAACAUCGUCGGCCAAUGCGGGCCAUUACUCGGAACACGGAUGUUCCCGACCAGCGACGGGCCGUACUACAUUAUGGGGAUGAGUGUAUGCGCGGGGUUCAUGUUCUUCAAUGCGUUUUUAGCCUUGGCCCUGCGUAUGUAUCUGGACUGGGAGAACAAGAAAUUUGAGAAGAACGAUGAGGCGGCACGUCAGGCGGGAACAGAUCCCAAGUAUAGUUCGAUUGGUGUGGAGAACGAAGGGUACGGUUACAGGAAUUUCCUGUAGAGAGGAAAUAUAAAGAAAAACGGGGAGGAGGUAGAAGAGACCAGGAUCUAAACGAAGUUAUUUAGGUGCCGCACGGAGUAG